GUGCACAGGAAUCGGGCCCCCCGUCACCCCACAAACCCUAAGCAGUAAUUCACAAAAACUUUCCUCCAGAAUCGGUCAAUCGCCUUAUUUUCUGCUUCAUCCACCAAACGACACAACCGCCGCCGACUAACCCCCAGAGACGCAGCCGACAAUAUCAACAAUGGCCCCUAAGGACGCAAAGAAAGGCGGUGCCUCCAAGGCGCCCAAGGGCUCCAAGCAGGCCCAGGCUGCUUCUAAGGCUGCCCUCAAGGGUGUGCACGCCCACAAGAGGGUCAAGGCCCGCUACACCACCAGCUUCCACCGUCCCAAGACCCUGCAGCUGUCGAGGGCCCCCAAGUACCCCCGCAAGUCGGUCCCUCACCUGCCGCGCCUCGACGAGCACAAGAUAAUCGUCCACCCGCUCAACACCGAGAGCGCCAUGAAGAAGAUUGAGGAGAACAACACCCUGGUCUUCAUCGUCGACAUCAAGGCCAACAAGGCCCAGAUCAAGCAGGCCCUGAAGAAGCUUUACGAUCUGGACGUACUCAAGAUCAACACCCUCAUCCGCCCCGACGGCCAGAAGAAGGCUUACGUCCGCCUGACCCCUGACGUCGAUGCUCUGGACAUUGCUGCUACCAAGCUGGCUCUUGUCUAAGUAUAUUUUUCUGUGGCUCUGGGCUGGUUGUCUUGUUUUAACGAGGGGUUAAGGGAAUGGAAAUACCAUGCAUUUCAAAACGGCGUCAUAUAGGCUUCUGGGUCAUGACUUCAUGCGGGCAAAAAAAGCAAUUUGGACUUUCUACCUUUUCCCGGAAAGCAAACACCUCUUGAAGGCAGUUCUGAUGAUUUCCCUGCAAGCGUCUUGAAUGAAAUGUUGUCGUUGUGAAUAUGCCUUCCCCAUUCAAUGUCCUACUCUUGGUCUUAUAUUCAGGUUUUCUUCGUGCC